UAAACUGUUCAACAAAAUGAGUCGAAGGAGUCCACCAGAUAUCGAUGGAAUGUACUCUCUCAAAGUAGACAAUCUCACAUAUAGAACCACGCUCGAAGAUUUAGAAAGGGCGUUCGGAAAAUAUGGAGAAGUAGGAGAUGUUUAUAUACCUCGGGACAGGCACACGAGGGAAAGUCGUGGCUUUGCCUUCGUUCGCUUUACGAGCAGGCGUUGUGGUGAAGAUGCGAUUGACAGAAUGGAUGGAAGUAUGCUUGAUGGUAGAGAAAUUAGGGUACAAGAAGCCCGUUAUAGACGACCUGAUCGAAGGCCACCAACAAGAAGACAAUACGGGGGAUAUGGAGGAGGUGGAAGGCGGUACAAUAGAAGGAGCAGGUAG